UAGAGGUCAGAUUAGAUUUUCGUGUUUCAGUGUCGUUUUUCGUUCUCGUCGAGGUGUUUAUUGUUGUAAAAAUAGCUCAUUAAUAAUCGGUAAAUAUGUCAGACGAUGAUUUAAUCGGACCUGCCUUACCCCCGUCGUUCAGAAAAAGCAGCCAUGAUGAUUCUGAUGACGAGGGAGGAUUUGCAGGUCCCGCGCUGCCUCCCGGGUACAAACCGGAGUUGCUCUCGAGUUCGGAGGAUGACUUUGGCCAGGAGGAGGAGGAGGAGGAGGAGGAGGUGAUCAAGAGACGAAGCAAGACGAGCAGCAAGCACGAUACCAGCAGCAGACACGGCCACGGUAGCGCGACGACCAGGGAUGGACCCACCGCAGAAAAACAGCGCCGAGUGGACGAGACGGUGAGUAGAAGGCUUGCGGAUGAUGAUGAAGAUGAUGGUUUCUUCGGACCAGCUCUUCCUCCUGGGUUCUCAAAGUCACAGGCUUCACCAGAGAGGCCAGCUGUAUUGGGCCCAGCCCUGCCACCGGGCUUUCACAGACCAGCAGCUGAUGAAGAUGAUGAUGAUGGAGAUGAUCUCCAUGGGCCAGCCCUGCCACCGGGCUUUCACAGACCAGCAGCUGAUGAAGAUGAUGAUGAUCUCCAUGGGCCAGCCCUGCCACCGGGCUUUCACAGACCAGCAGCUGAUGAAGAUGAUGAUGAUCUCCAUGGGCCAGCCCUGCCACCCGGCUUUCACAGACCAGCAGCUGAUGAAGAUGAUGAUGGAGAUGAUCUCCAUGGGCCAGCCCUUCCACCGGGCUACACAGCAGAACCCUCCAGCAGUGAUGAAGAGGAGGAGGAGGAGGAUGAAGAGGUGAUCGGGCCCAUGCCUGCUCAAGGUGCCAUCCAGGACUCCGUGGCUCUGGACAUCGAACGCAGAGCUCAGAAGAUGAAGGACAGACUGACGGGAGCAGAUGAUGGUCCGGAGGAGGUGGUGAGAGAGACCUGGAUGACAGAGCUUCCUCCAACACUGCAGCACAUCGGGCUGGGGGCCAGAACCUUCAAGAAGAGGGCUGGACCGGAGAGCAAGGACCGAUCCCUCUGGACCGACACUCCUGCUGACCGAGAACGCAAACUCAGGGAACGACUGGAGGGAAAGAAGAGUGAAGAGAUAGAGUCUGUCCCUCAACUGUCUCACAAAGAGUUGCAGAUGGCUGAGAAAGUGUCCAAAUACAACGAAACCAAGCGUGGGGAGUCUCUGAUCAGUCUCCACGAGAAGCAGUUGAAGAAGAGGAAACUGGAUGAGGGAGCCAAGUCGGUGGAGAGACGGGCGUUUGACAGGGACCAGGACCUGCAGGUCAACAAGUUCGACGAGGCUCAGAAACAACGCCUGCUGAAGAAGUCCCAGGAGCUCAACACACGCUUCGGACACAGCAAGGAGAAAAUGUUCCUCUGAGAGAAUCAACACAGGAUAGAUAGCCCAGUAUUGGGCAUUUGUCACCUGACCCAGUCAACUAUGAUGGGAACGUUCCAGGUUGACUUUAUUGCCAACUGCUCAGAUGAUCAGAACACAUUGUACUGAAUAUUAUCUAUAUAGGUAGGACUUGUAUGUAUGUAUUUUGAGAAAAGUGUGACUAUCAGUUUGAUUGUCACAUUUUUACAUUUCAGUCCUUUAGCAGAUGCUUUUAUCCAGAGCGACUUACAGUAGUGAGUGCGUACAUUUUCA